UGAGAAAACAGAAGUCCUCAGUGAAGAUCUUUUACAGAUUGAGCGGCGCCUGGAUGCAGUGCGGUCAAUGUGCCACCAUUCCCAUAAGCGCCUGAUGGCGUGCUUCCAAGGCCAGCAUGGCACUGAUGCCGAGAGGAGACACAAAAAACUCCCGCUAACAGCUCUCGCUCAGAAUAUGCAAGAAGCAUCAACUCAACUAGAAGACUCUCUCCUGGGGAAGAUGCUGGAGACGUGCGGAGAAGCUGAGAAUCAGCUGGCCCUCGAGCUCUCUCAGCAUGAGGUCUUCAUUGAGAGAGAGAUCGUGGACCCUCUCUAUGGCGUAGCAGAGGUGGAGAUUCCCAACAUCCAGAAACAGAGGAAACAGCUCGCUAAGUUGGUGUUAGACUGGGAUUCAGUCAGAGCUAGAUGGAACCAAGCCCACAAAUCUUCAGGAACCAACUUUCAGGGGCCUCCAUCAAAAAUAGAUACCCUAAAGGAAGAAAUGGAUGAAGCUGGAAAUAAAGUAGAACAGUGCAAGGAUCAACUCGCAGCAGACAUGUACAACUUCAUGGCCAGAGAAGGGGAGUACGGCAAAUUCUUUGUUACGUUAUUAGAAGCCCAAGCAGAUUACCAUAGAAAAGCGUUAGCAGUCUUAGAAAAGGCCCUUCCCGAAAUGCGAGUCCAUCAAGAUAAGUGGGCAGAAAAGCCAGCCUUCGGGACUCCUUUGGAAGAACACCUGAAGCGCAGUGGGCGCGAGAUCGCGCUGCCCAUCGAAGCCUGUGUCAUGAUGCUCCUGGAGACAGGCAUGAAGGAGGAGGGCCUUUUCCGAAUUGGGGCUGGGGCCUCCAAGUUAAAGAAACUGAAAGCCGCUUUAGACUGUUCUACUUCUCACCUGGAUGAGUUCUACUCAGACCCCCAUGCUGUAGCAGGUGCUUUGAAGUCCUAUUUACGGGAGUUGCCUGAACCAUUGAUGACUUUUAAUCUGUAUGAAGAAUGGACACAAGUUGCAAGUGUGCAAGAGCAAGACAAAAAACUUCAAGAUUUAUGGAGAACAUGUCAGAAGUUGCCACCACAAAAUUUUAUUAACUUUAGGUAUUUAAUCAAGUUCCUCGCAAAGCUUGCUCAGACCAGUGACAUCAAUAAAAUGACUCCCAGCAACAUUGCAAUUGUGUUAGGGCCUAACCUGCUAUGGGCCAAAAAUGAAGGAACACUUGCUGAGAUGGCAGCAGCCACGUCUGUCCACGUGGUUGCAGUGAUUGAACCCAUCAUCCAGCAUGCUGACUGGUUCUUCCCUGAAGAGGUGGAAUUUAACGUCUCAGAAGCAUUUGUCCCUCUCACCCCGAAUUCUAAUCACUCAUCCCACACUGGCAACGACUCUGACUCGGGGACCCUGGAGAGGAAGCGGCCUGCCAGCAUGGCAGUGAUGGAAGGGGACUUGGUGAAGAAGGAGAGUGCUCCAAAACCCAAGGACACUGUAUCUGCAGCAGUACCUGCACCGGGGAAAGCCAGCAGUCAGGUGACCACUGGCCAAAACCAGGCCCAGGCAGCUGCCACCUCUCAUCAGCUCUCUGUUGGCCUUGCUCACAACACCGCUGGCCCCAGUCCACAUACUGUGCGCCGAGCUGUUAAAAAACCUGCUCCAGCUCCCCCGAAACCAGGAAACCCACCUCCUGGCCAUCCUGGGGGCCAGAGUUCUCCAGGAACAUCUCAGCAUCCACCCAGUCUGUCCCCAAAGCCGUCCACCCGAAGUCCUUCUCCUCCCACCCAGCAUGCGGGCCAGGCUCCAGGCCCAUCCUCCACCACCUCCCAGCUCUCUGCACCCCGGAGGUACUCCAGCAGCCUGCCUCCAAUACAAGCUCCCAGUCACCCGCCGCCACAGCCCCCAACCCAAGCCAUGCCACUGACACACACCAAACCAAGUAGCCAGGGCCCUCCCACUCCUGUGGCGUUGCCCAGUGAGCACGGACUUGAGCAGCCACCUCACACCCCGCCCCAAACUCCAACGCCCCCCAGUACCCCACCUCUAGGAAGACAGCACCCUGGCCUGCCAGCUUCUCAGACCGUGGUGGCAAGUAACCCUGAGACUGUGCAGCCACAUGCUGGAACCUUACCAAGACCGAGACCAGUCCCAAAGCCGAGGAACCGACCCAGCGUGCCCCCGCCCCCUCAUCCUCCUGGUGCCCACCCAGCCACGGAUGGCAACCUCACCAGCACAGCACCGACAGCCUCCAAAAUAGUAACAGACACCAAUUCCAGGGUUUCAGAACCGCUUCGCAGCAUCUUUCCUGAAAUGCACUCAGACUCGGCAAGCAAAGACCUGGCCAGCCGUGUUCUGCUGGACAUAGACAAUGACACAGAAAGUACCGCCCUGUGAAGAAAGCCACCUCCCUGCCCUUGACCCCUUCCAAACUCACCUUUGCAGACCAAACAGUGAGCAGCUUUCAGUGGAGGAACAAAGAAAGGCUUGUUCUGCAAGACUCAGCCUUCUGCACAGCCCAAGGAGAACAUGGGGCCGACACUUAAAGCUGAAUGACCUGUGUCUUGAAGAAGUUUGCUUUCUUCACAAGGAAAAGAAAUCAUGCCAAAAAUUCAAAAACAAAGAAAUACCUGGAGUGGAAAGAGCCUUGCUGCUGAGCCGUGUGUAGCUUUUGUUGCUGCUGUUAAUGCCGCCAACACCAACAGCAAUUUGGAAUGGGUGAGAAGCAAAGCGCCAACUAUCUAUUUAAUAAAAUAUAUUAAUUAUGUAA